AUGUUACGAUAUUGUUUUUUAUUGCUGUUGCUCUGUGCUGUGGCACAGCAAACGCAGGCGCUGAAGGUUUUCGCCCGAGCUGCUUUGCCCAUUUCGGCGGAGGAGGUUGACGACGAGGAGCCGUCGCCGGAGGCACGCGUCUUUUCGAUAAUCAGAGAUUCGGAUAGAGAACAGCCACCGCGAUAUCCCAACUAUCAUGACGAUAGGCCAAUUAUUAUACAGUCGCCGCCGCCGGCGCCGCCGCCGCAACAGCCGUCGUAUCCACCACCACCAUCGUAUCCGCCGCCGCCGCAAUAUCCAUCGCAUUCGCCGCAUCCGUAUCCGCAACCCUAUCCACAGCCCUAUCCGCAGCCAUAUCCGUUCCCAGUGCCCGUGCAUCAUCCGCCUCCACCACCGCCGACAAUCAUUAAGCCCAUCAUUAGGCCGCACUAUCCACGAGCACGUCCACGUCCACAUCAUCACUAUGGACCCGGUUUUGGGGGCUACAGUUUUCCACCAUUCAUCAACAUCACCUACUCGCCGGUGUUGUCCUCAGGCAUAACAUCAACCUCAACCGGAGACGCCUCGGACGGCACACGCUCUGGCCUAGACCAACAGCAGUUGAAUUAUUUGGCCCAACUGUCCCAGCAGCUGCUGGCCCAAUCCAUUGGCUCGCAGCCCCAGCUGCUGCAGUACCCCAGCCAAGUGGCAGCAGUGGCGCCCAAUAAUCUAAUCUAUCAGCAGCAGCCACAGCAAUACUAUGCACCGCCCACGAACCAACUGUUUGCCAUCAAUCUGGACGAGACGCAAGAGGAACUGGACGAGGUGGAGCCUACCCGGCCGAAGAACAAGCCCAAGAGACAGCAGUACGCAGUGCGUCGCUCACAGAAAUCAAAGAAGAAGCACAAGAAGAACAGAAAUCAUACAAAGCUGGUCUAUUUGGCCCUCGAACCGGAAGCCGAGGCCCAAGCUCAGUCCACGGUAAUGCAGGAGGUCGCCUAG